AUGGUACCGACCUAUACUCUCGCCGCUCUUGCAAUGCUUGGUACGUCCUGGGCGGCGCCGUUCGCUGAACCAGUUCCCACGGACCUCCCGGCCUCGUCAAGCACACAGACAAGCAUCAAUCAGCUAAGAGACCAACUCGGUCGCCUCACCGACGCCAUUUCCCCGGACAGGUCCAUCAAUGCCCAGAAUGGCUUCAAAGAAGUGGAUGCCCAAUUCCAGAACAUCGCUGGCCUGGUCAAAACACCGGGAAAUGCCACAAGUGCUACAUUCAGCAUCUCGACGCCUAGUGGUGUGAGUAGCAUGGCUACUUCUCCCGCCUCAGGCUCCGCAACUCCUACUUCUCAGCAGUCGCCAGCGGCCACUGCCUCUGUCGCUCCUCCAGAAACGUUCCCUACACACAACCCUUCGCUCAGCACCCCGACUUCAACCGCUGCUCGUCCAGAGAACUCCUCCACACAAGAGCCCUCGGAGAUCGACACUCUGACCAAUACUCCAGCGACAACUCCAUCCGUUACGGCUAAGCUCUCACCGUCAGCUUUCACUAUUGCCACCACAACCGGAACGGCCGCGCCUGCCGACCUCACGUCUGCAUACAACGCCCUGUUAGACUCCAUCGACCAGUUCAACAACUCCCUUACCACUUACGGAGACCAGAGUGUAGAGGCACAACGCGACAUCGACGACCUCUCAAAAAAGUCGAUCAGGUACGAUCAAACUGCGAUUGGGUCUGUCGACUUGGAGAAGCAAACAGAGGCUGGCUGCGCGCUUCCUAACAAUAACGAGAACGCGGCCGCUAUUGUGUUCCCCAAGCCGGCAAAUCAGACCGAGGCAUUUUCCUACGUGCAACAAAUCCAUUCCAACGUUGUUAAGACGUACGAGUAUUUCAGGCAAGGGAACACGGACCCCCAGAAUAUACAGGGCAACUUUUGUACCAUUGCGUCGACGUGGACGGCCUUAGCGGACUGGGUUGGCAAUUACGGGCUAUUCAACAAGACGAUGCUCUAG